AUGGCAACUUUGUGGCUCUCUGAUAGCUGUCACUUGACGGCGAGGAGCGACAACGACUUUGUGUCAAGGAGCUUCAUCCUCAAGUCCGCGCAGCAAGAGGAGGCUCUUAAUUGCAUCUGGUACACUCUCAAGAGGUGGCGACUCAUCUCCCAACGGAUUGUCUUCUUCCCGACGAUGGCUUGUUCAUCAAUCAACCAAAGAUAA